UUGCCUGAUCCAUCUGAGAAGUUUGAAGAACUACUUUCUAGGUAUUGAGUAUUAAAAGUGGCACUCCAAGCAAGUUUCAAUCUCAUGUCAAAUUUUUCCGUUUCUUUUAAUAACAAACAUAAAGAAUAUUAUUUGAAAGGAUAAUCUGGAAGUCUCCUUGGAGUGAAACUAUUAUUUUGCUGUAAUGAUUUAUUAUAAAAUGAGCUAGAAAAAUAAGAACAUUAUAACUUAAGCUAAAAUAAAUCAUAUUAAAGUAGAGGUACAUGAUUGAUUGUUGACUUAACCAUCCUUGUUUUUCAGUAACUAGUUUUAUAGUCUUUUAUUCACUUCUGAAUAUUUUGUGAGGCAGUUCCUUGUAUUAGAAAACAAUAUAGACCAAUGGUGCAGAUAUUCUACCUUGAAAACCUGGAAAGAUACAUUGUACAAUAAUAUAAGUCCUUUCCGCUACAUUGAAUAAUAAAAUAUUAAACUGUGUUGCCUUUUCUUUACAAAAACAGAGUGAGGAGGAAGCAGCACAAGAAACGACCCAUGGCAACAUUUCCUUUGACACUGGGAGAUGGGAUUGAACUUGGCGUUUCUGUGUAAGUAAUAAGCAUUCUACGUUUGCCAGUUGAUGGAACUUUAACUUCCUGGGCCGGGUUGUUCAAAGCUGGGUUAAGAUAACCCAGGGUUAGUGCGCAAUUUGAAUUCAGAUUUGAAAGCUUAAAAGGCGUUUCAGUUUUAAUUCUUUUUGUCUACAGGUUGAUGAUUGGAAGCCCUAAAAAUAACAGAGAAAAUUAUCCAAGAAAAUACUUUUGAACAUAAGAAAAGGAAACCCGGGUUAAGUGCUAAUCGGCCUUUGAACAACUGGGCCCAGCUCAAUGUUUGCCCUUGCAAGACAGACAAAUUCUGCGCUAUUAUAUAUUAUUGUAGCUUAAAACAUCAUAAAAUUAAAAUGCACAGUGAUAAUUGGACAAAAUUUCAACAUGUUAUUUACAGAACUGUAGCUAGGUCAUUGCCCAUAAUUAAUUUUUGUGGAUGUUUGUUUUCUGGUCAGUUUUAACCUCUGUGGAGCUGCAAAAAAAUCCAGCCACAUAAAUUUGGACAGCCGCACAAAUGAGGAAAUUAGAACUCACACAAAGUAUAUAUGNCUACAUUGAAUAAUAAAAUAUUAAACUGUGUUGCCUUUUCUUUACAAAAACAGAGUGAGGAGGAAGCAGCACAAGAAACGACCCAUGGCAACAUUUCCUUUGACACUGGGAGAUGGGAUUGAACUUGGCGUUUCUGUGUAAGUAAUAAGCAUUCUACGUUUGCCAGUUGAUGGAACUUUAACUUCCUGGGCCGGGUUGUUCAAAGCUGGGUUAAGAUAACCCAGGGUUAGUGCGCAAUUUGAAUUCAGAUUUGAAAGCUUAAAAGGCGUUUCAGUUUUAAUUCUUUUUGUCUACAGGUUGAUGAUUGGAAGCCCUAAAAAUAACAGAGAAAAUUAUCCAAGAAAAUACUUUUGAACAUAAGAAAAGGAAACCUGGGUUAAGUGCUAAUCGGCCUUUGAACAACUGGGCCCCGCUCAAUGUUUGCCCUAGCAAGACAGACAAAUUCUGCGCUAUUAUAUAUUAUUGUAGCUUAAAACAUCAUAAAAUUAAAAUGCACAGUGAUAAUUGGACAAAAUUUCAACAUGUUAUUUACAGAACUGUAGCUAGGUCAUUGCCCAUAAUUAAUUUUUGUGGAUGUUUGUUUUCUGGUCAGUUUUAACCUCUGUGGAGCUGCAAAAAAAUCCAGCCACAUAAAUUUGGACAGCCGCACAAAUGAGGAAAUUAGAACUCACACAAAGUAUAUAUGCGUGGUGAGUACUUAUUGA